ACCAGUCCACCUCAACAAGUGCCCAUGCCAUGGCAAGAACAGGAACUACUUCAGAACAGGUACCAGCCAUCAUCGAUAUUGAUAGGAAAGUUCUCUUUGAUGCCGUAUCCAAGAAGCUAGCCUUGAUCAUCGAUGACAGAGAAAUAUUAGAGAUCAGACCUAAUGAUUAUUCAUGCAAAAUUCAAGUAUCUGGUAUACCAUGCAAUGAUGGCCGUGACAGAACUACAAAGACUUUCUAUGGUGAUUUUGCUCCAAUGCCAAGCCAAGCAGUAGAGAAUGCAUAUAAUGAAGUUUUGAAAUACCUUACCUCUGAGAAUAUUAUUGCUAUCAUGGACUUCAAUUACCCUGCUCUAUUGCACACAAAGAAGGACUUGGAUGAGACAGUUGCGCGCUUAAUGAUGGCUGAUUUUAUUGAGACGGAAUAUGAUAUGUCACUAAGCCACGUUAAGAGCGGCUACAAUAUUAUUCUCUCUAAACUGGAUGAUAUAUCCAUGAAGCUCUCUGAUGUUCUCCCAAUAACUAUAUCCCAUCAGCCAGAUGAAGACAACGAACAAGUACCUAUUAAUGUGCAGUACACAGGUCCAGCUAAUCCAAAUGAACCAUGUGCAGUCCUAGCAAAAUUCCUAGUAGAUCUGAGGAAAACUACUAUUAGCUUUAUGUAAUUAUGUAGCUGACACCUUCGCCAUCCACCUUGUAAUCUAUUGUACAGUUCGUAGUUAUAUGUACUAGCUUUAUGUUGCUUUAUGUAUCGCAGGAAACUGUUGCCUACUUUGUAAUAUAUGUUUCGUUUUAAUGCCAUGUUAGUAGCACUUUUUACUAAGCUACACUAUA